CCGCCAUUUUCCUUCCAUGGUGUCGCAGGUUGUCUGCGGAGGAACUCAGCGAGCUAAUUAGCGCUAUUCAAGUCACUUUUAGAAGCGCUCAACUCGUUAAUACCAGCGAAUAUAGUCUGUUACAACAGUAUUUGGUAAAAAUACUCAACUACGUAAGAAAAUGUCCAACGAGCAGGCCGAAAUUACCGCCGAGAAGCCAGGCCAGCAGCAGCAGCAGCAGUCGUCGGGAGAAAUGAAUGGAAAACCCAAAAACGAGUCCAAUCCGAGCAGGAAGGAAAGGCCCCAGAAGAGAGGUGGAGGUGGUCGCUACGAACCCUAUGGCAGUGCUAACAAAAGAUACCGUGUCUUUGUCAGCAACAUCCCCUACGAUGUGAAAUGGCAAGCCCUGAAAGACCUGAUGAAAGAAAAAGUGGGUGAGGUAACGUACGUGGAACACUUAAUGGACGCAGAAGGCAAAUCGAGGGGUUGUGCUGUUGUUGAGUUCAGGACUGAAGAACUGAUGAAGAAAGCAGUGGAGAAGGUCAACAAGCACAACCUCAAUGGACGUCCCUUAAAAGUGAAAGAGGACCCUGACGGUGUGAUUGCUCAGAGGGAAAUAAACAAGGCUCAAGGUGGAGGUCCUCCAGGAGGUCAUGGAGGAAUGGGUGGCAUGGGCGGAAUGGGGGGUAUGGGUGGAAUGGAUCGCAUGGGUCCUGGACCAAAUGGCCCCAUGGUCAACAUUCCUCCCAGCCUGAUGAACAACCCCAACAUCCCCAACGAGAUCAUCCACGGUCUCCAGGCUGGCAGGAUUGGAAGCACUGUCUUUGUGGCUAAUCUUGACUACAAAGUGGGCUGGAAGAAGCUGAAGGAGGUGUUCGGCAUGGCAGGCAUGGUGGUGAGGGCCGACAUUCUGGAGGACAAGGAUGGGAAGAGCAGAGGCAUGGGCACAGUAACAUUCGACAUGCCACUCGAAGCAGUCCAAGCUGUCUCUAUGUUCAAUGGGCAGCUCUUAUUCAACAGAACCAUGCACGUUAAACUGGAUGAGAAAUCCCUUCCCAAAGACUUUGGACCACAAGACAGAGCAGCUGCUCUUCCCCGUGGCCUGAGUGGUGUGGGUUUGGGUCUGGGACCUGGUGGCCAGCCUAUCGAUGCUGCCCAGCUCAACAGAGGUGGUGGUGGAGGGAUGGGCAACAUGGGGCCUGGAGGAAUGGACGGAAUGGGCUUUGGCAACAUGGGAGGUCGUAUGGGAGCAGGAAUGGACAACUUUGGAGGAAUGAACAACAUGGACCGUUUCAACUCUUCAGGGAUGGGCAGGAUGAACGAGAUGGACCGUGGGAUUGGUGGUGCUUUUGACAGGGAAUUUGGGCGAAAUGAAAUGGGAAUGUCUCGCAAUAAUUUUGGAGACUCCUUUGAAAGAGGAAUGGGAAACUCUCUGGGUAUGGACCGCAUGAACUCUGGAAUGGACCGUGUGGGAGCCAGCAUGGACCGCAUGGCAGGGAUGGACCGGAUGGGCAUGGACAGGAUGGAUCGAGUGUCUGACCUGGACAGGCUGGGUUCUGGUUUUGACCGGAUUGGCUCGGGGAUGGACCGCCUGGGGCCCAGCAUGGACAGGCUCGGACCCGGUCUGGACCGUAUGACCUCCAGCAUGGACCGUCUCGGCCCGAGUGGAUUCGACCGCAUGGGCCCGUCUAGCUUGGAUCGCAUGGGUACCGGCAUGGACUUUGGCUCCCCGAUGGGUAUGGAUCGCAUGGGCAACACUGGGCUCGACAGAAUGGCGAGCAGUUUCGACUCCCGCAUGGGUUCUGCUGGAGGACUCGACCGCUUCCCCUCCGGCCUCGACCGCAUGAGCUCUGCCAUGGACCGGAUGGGAUCUGGAGGCGUUGGUGGUCAGUUCGAUCGCUCUGGUGACAUGGAUCGUGGAUUCGGCGGAAAUUCCUUCGGAGGAGCCGGAGCUGGAGGACCUGGAACCGGAGGAAGCAACGUCAGGAAGGGAUGCCAGAUCUUUGUCAGAAAUCUGCCAUUUGACUUCACCUGGAAGAUGCUGAAGGAUACUUUCAAUACAUGCGGUAUGGUCCAGUACGCCGAUAUUAAGAUGGAGAAUGGGAAGUCCAAGGGCUGCGGUGUGGUUCGCUUCGACAACCCUGAGACUGCUGAACGUGCCUGCAGGACCAUGAACGGCUACCGGCUGAACGGAAGAGAGAUCGAUGUUAGGAUUGAUAGAAACGCAUAAUUCGUGUGUCUGUGUUACAUCUGACAUUUCAUGUAGUCUCCGGUGUCUGAACACUCUGCAUUAUCUGAAUUCCCCUUCACCACACUUAGUUUGUUAGGUAUUUGUUACACUGAAAAUGUUAUUUUAGUUAGUGAUUUGUAACGGUGAACGUGUCAUUUUAGUUUGUUGCUUAAAUUUUACUUUUUUCUUUUUUUAGAGACCAAAUUUUAAAUUUUUUUUGUUCUAUCGUGCUACAUCUGUCAUUGCCUUUGUUCUUUAAGGUGUUUUGAUAAAUAAACCUCAGUAUUUGAAAUG